AUGUCUUAUAGUGAUAGCUCUUAAGGUAGUGCUAGGCUGUAAUGUAAUCUCUCUUCUGUUCAAAAAUGAGUUUUACCAUGCCUCGUGUGCGAGAAACGUUAAGAAUCAGAACCUUUUUCCUUCUCUUUCUUCUUCUCUUCUUCCUCCCAACCCCUUUUUAUUAUAAACUAUAGACAAAAGGGUAUGCUGUUGUUGCAGCUGCACCGAUCCAUUCCACACCCUUCUUUCUCUUCUCUCUUUCCCUCUUGGCUUGUUUUGUGUGUGUUUUUGUGUACGAGUCCAUGAUACCAACUUAUCGUUACUCAGUGUCUUCGCCUAUGCCUAUAGAUCUUAAUGAAGAUCACACCCACCACGUCUUCAGUACAAGCCAUCAAGCCUCUUCUUCGUCUUCUUCUCUAUCUUUUUCUAUUCUCUUCAACCCGGAUCAUCAAGGUCAAGGAGGAUCUUGUUGCCACUGGGAAUCAAAGCACUUACAAAGUGAUGAAGAGGCCCAGAAGAUUGUUCCUUCUAGUGAAUCAUGGGAGCAUCCAGUAUCUGAAAAGGAUGAAAACAGAAGUGAUCUCAAGCUGAGAGUUUGGAAGAAAGAAGAUAAGUGUGAAAAUUUUCAAGUUGAAGAUAAUUCAACUAAGUGGAUGCCUUUAAAGAUGAGAAUGAUGCGGAGGAUGAUGGUGUCAGAUCAAACGGGUUUUGAUACAGAAGGCAUGAUCUCUAACUCUAAGCAGAUCAAGAAUGAAGAGAAAAACCCACCACUGACACCUCUAGGAACUGAUGAUAGUAAUAACUACAAUUCUUCUGCAAACCACAGCAAGAUCACUGUUAGGGUUUGUUCUGAUUGCCACACCACUAAGACCCCUCUCUGGAGAAGUGGACCAAAAGGUCCAAAGACACUUUGCAAUGCUUGUGGAAUUCGACAAAGGAAGGCAAGGCGUGCCAUUGCCGUGGCUGCAACGGCAAACGGAAUGAAUCCAGUGGAGGCUGAGAAAUCUCAAGUAAAGAAAGGAAACAAAUUGCAUAGCAAAGGGAUGAAGUCCAAAACUAAGGGUGCACCACAUAUGAAAAAGAAGCGCAAACUUGGAGCGAAGUAUAGAAAGAGGUUUGGUGCUUUUGAGGAUUUGACAGUGAGAUUGAGUAAGAACUUGGCUCUCCAAAAAGUCUUCCCUCCGGAUGAGAAGGAGGCUGCAAUCUUGCUCAUGGCUUUAUCUUAUGGCCUUCUUCAUGGCUUUCCCACAGAUCGUUACGUCAAUUACUUAGAUUUAUGAGAUAUAUUGGUGGUAAAACCAUAAUUAUUGUAUGAGACCAAUGCUUAAUUAGUGUUGUGCUAGAUUUAGUGAAGUUAAUUAGUAUGAAAAACUGAUAAUAGGGACAAUAAAGUUAUGAGGAGGGUGGUUUUAUCAAUUGUAUGUUGCAUCUGAACAAGAAGACAAACACAAAAUACUAGUGUCUUAUUGUUCAUGAUGAUGAGUAUCCUAUAAUCUCGAUAAAUAUUUAAUAAAAUUCCAAGAGAUUUUAUGUUGUACUUC